CAUGGAAACAGAUCAGUCAGUGCAGGGUCUACCACACAGACAGCUUGACGGGCGUCAGUUUUGCUGCGGCUCAGAGAAGACAGACCGCCUAAUGUCGGCUCAGGUAUAUUAAUUAAAAUGCUUUAAAGACAUGUCACUGAAUGUCUAACACAUAGGCUCUACAACCAACUAGCUGUACCCGUCGGGUUUCAACAUUAGCCGGCUAAUUUAGCUACUUUAUCAGCCGCAGCGCUCCUCGAAGAAUAUUAACGGUUCUUACUGAGACCUUCUCAGAGGAUGCUGGACUCAAUAAAAGUAAUAGAAAUACUCCACUGGCAAGAAGUCGAAAUGUCCAAAAAGUACAUCUUAAACUCUGCUGACAACGCACUGAGUCCCAGCCAAGUGUACCUGGAGAAGACUUCUUCCAGCGUCCUAGACCUCUUCAGCACUACCUGCAGCAGCUACAAAAUCCCGCUGCAGGCUAAGGAGAAGGAGAAGAGUCCGAAACAGUCCCCAUACAGGAGGCCAAAAACAUCAGUGAAAUGUGGCACAACAUUUAGUAGAAGAAACCGCCCGGCCAUGGCUCCUAAGAAGUUGCAUGCUCCAGAAGUAGGUGGGAAACCUGCACAAAUAAAUCGUGUUCACUCAGGCAACUCCCAUCUCUCUAAACCAGCACAGAACAUUGCAGUGGAGGGCAGCCGCAUGGGCCUAACCCCUCAUACAGUCCCACAGCUCAGGAAGAUACACAUCCCCAGUUCCCCUCGCACUAAACCCCCGUCGUUGCACAAAGCAGCGAUUACACAGGAAGCAAACAAUGCCAAGAUCUGCAUCCUUUCAGCCAUCAGGCCAUCUAAUGUCAAGAAAGAGAAGGCCAAGUUUUUCCAGUCUAACUUCAGCUAUAAUCCACAGUUUGAAUACAGCAACCCAGUUUGUCCACGUAUCCUGGCACGGCAUAACAAUGCCUCAGAUCGCUUCCUGAAACAGGCAGUGAACAUCAUGGAGCAUGCAUUGCAGCGAUAUGGCAGCUAUGAGAAGUUUGAAAAGGCCACAGGGGGCAACCUCCUCACUGAGAGUCGCAUCUUGGACAUUGUCAAGAAAUACAUGGAGAGGGAGGGUUGCUUGGGGGAGAUUGUUGUCCGGGUGACAGAUGAACUCCUGUCCAGAGGCUCCAUGACUGUGGUGAACAGCAGACCCACACUGACCAUCAACAUCUCCACUGCCCGAGAGCACUGGCUAGAAGGCAUGCUGAGGCAUGAGAUCGGCACACAUUAUUUCCGUGGCAUCAACAACCGCCACCAGCCGUGGAGGAGCAACAGGAAGAAGUACAACCUGAAGCCUGUGAACCCCACAGAGGAGGGCCUGGCCAGCAUCCACAGUGUCCUGUUCAGGAAAGACCCCACACUGUGGCGCGCCGCCCUGCUCUACUACACCGUCUACCAGGCCAGCCACAUGUCCUUCUGUCAGCUCUUUCAUGACCUGGGGCGCUUUGUCCAGGACCCCAACACCCGCUGGGACUACUGCGUCCGAGCCAAGAGGGGCCAGAUCGAUACAGCACAGCCAGGGUGCUACAUUAAAGACCAGGUCUACCUGGAUGGUGUCCUAAGGAUCCUAAGAUACAGAGAUCAGAUCAACUUCCCACUACUGAUGGCUCUAGGAAAGGUGUCAUUCGAAGAUGUCGACCGCCUCAAAGUGCUGGCUCAGAUGGACAAAGUCCACAUCCCACUCUUCAUGAAGGACCAGGUGAAGUAUGCCAAGCAGCUGGUAAAAAUCAUGGAGAUCAACCAGCUGACUGACGAAGAGCUCAAGAGCAUCGUCUGAGCCCGCUCCAUGCCAACGCACAAACCUGAUUAAACCUGAAUACAGCCUGUCAGAGCACUGCCAGCCACGGCCCACACGCCUCAACACCGUCAUUGUGCAUGGUAGUACAGUGUGUGAUCAGAGCAGCAUGCUGCAUGUAGUGUAGAGUUGUGUUAGACAGAUAGAUUAGUUUAAUCUCACGUUAGCUUUGAAUUGAAAACCUGUUAUCACCCAGUGAUUUGUUCACUGACACAGUCGGGAUCACCAAGACAAUCGUUUCAGUGUGUUGUGUGUUUAGGGCUGAAUGUGGUUCAUUUUGUUUCCCAGUGCCAAGACAAUACCUGGUUUGCUUUAUUGAUACUAAAAUUGGAAUUUUCGAAAUUUCUUAGUGCCAUUUUUUUAUGUGGCAGUUUCUGAUACUCGGUUUGUGGUUUUUAAAAGAGAGUUUUAAUGUCCCAUGAUGACCUGGAUUAGAGCCUGACUGUGAUUAGGGUUAUAUUAAUAGUUAAGACUUAAAAAUUGGACAAAUGUAUGUGUGCCAUUUUUUGUUUAUUUAACAUAAACGCAUCACAUGAACGAGAAAAUCCCUUAAAUUGGUUUAUUUUAAACACAUAUUAAAGGGUCAUUUCUCCCCCUUAAAUCAAAAAUACUUAUUUUUCCUCUUACCUGUA